GCCGGAAAAGGGCAAGAUGUCUACCACGGACGUGGACGACUUUAUCCAACAAAACAGAGCUCUGGCAGACCAGGUAGAAACGUUUCGAGGUUAUUGGGAGAGUGAAAAACACUGGCAGCCCAGGAGGGAGUUCAUCCUGCGGAACAUAAACGACUUCCAGCUCCAACAGCUGGACCACCUGCUCUCCCUGUCCAUGGUCUGGGCAAACAACGUCUUCCUCGGCUGUCGGUAUAGCACAGAGCUCCUGGAGAAAGUGAAGGAGAUGGCUGAAGGCAUCGAGGUGGAGGAUGCACCGGUCUUCAAGACAAGAGAUGAGAUCAUGAAGAAGCAACAGGGUCGAUGACCGGCUCCAUCGAAUCAUCCCUUCUGGUUGUGUUGGAUCAACACUGAAGCCUGUUGCGUACAUUCAGGCUGUGUUUGUAACAAGUUGGACCCGUUGCCACAUGGUUUUACAAUCCUGCCCUGUUUAUAAUGGAUGUGAUGUGUAGAAAUUUUUUUUUUAAACAAAAGAAGAAAGACUUUGUAACUCAGACUAUUAUCAUUUAAUUGUACAGAGACAGCAAAGAUGUUUUAUCAGUGUUGGAGCUUCAACUCUCAUCUUUUAUGUCUUUGUUUUACUUAUUGUUUAAAGUGUUUUUACUUUUUGUAAUGCUGUUUUUUUAAUAAAUCAACAUGAAAUAUGACACUUGUGGAGCUUGUCCCACUGUCCCGGCCUGAAGCACAAUA